AGUUUUGAAGCUCUUAUAAUUUUUAUGUUACUGAUCAAUUCUCAUGCUUCAGAUAUACAUUUGGAAAAACAUUUCUGGAGCAUAGACGUCAACUAAGUGAACCUUUUUCUAGCCUUUAAGGUCAACAUGGAUGAAGCUUCACCAGGCCCCGCUCCUGAGAAUGGAGACAGCCUUGUGAAAGUGAAGGAGGAAGAUCCCACAUGGGAGCAGAUGUGCAGCUCACAGGAGAGCAGCUCCCACACUCUGGAGCUUUGCCGCCUGCGCUUCCGGCAGUUCUGCUACCAGGAGGUUUCUGUCUACACUCAGGGACAGGACAUGCACCUACCAGUGACACAAUAUCAAGGAACAUCUUUGGAGUGUCAGAGGCCCCAGCUACUGCCUGGGGUAACCACCUUGAAGUGUGAACCCCCAGAGCCCCACCAAGAGGUCGCCCAAGAAGUGAGUGGGCUUGCUCCCCAGGGACCAGCCCCUCCCCAGGAAGAGAAUCCCAGAGGCCAGGCAGCAGUACCAGGUUUUAACUCAGCCAGGUCCCAGACAUCAGUGAAGAGUGAGGAAGCAGCAGCCCAGGCCCUUGUCCCAGAGGAUUGGCCACAUCUGAGUCUGGCCCAGAGGAACCUCUAUGGAAACUCAGCUCAGGAGGUUACAAACAUCAGUCUGAUGGCUGAAGAAGUUGUAACUAAAGAUGGAUUGUUUAACACAAAGCAAGAAACUUCUGAAGAAAUGGAACAAGGUGCUGAAGUCUCAGGAAUACCCAACAGAGACUGUGUACCCCAGGCCCCUUGUAGUACCCCUGUUCCUGCUGAAAGGACAGUUGCACAUUUGAACACUCUGAAGGACCGUCACCCUGCUGACUUGUGGGCUCGGAUGCACAUCUCAUCCCUGGAAUAUGCUGCAGGAGACAUUACCCGCAAAGGGAGAAAAAAAGACAAAGCUCGAGUGAGUGAACUGCUCCAAGGCCUCGCGUUUUCUGGUGAUUCAGAUGUGGAAGAGGAUGACGAGCCUGAGACUCAGCCUGCUCCAAAAAGACCAAAGGUGUCAAGCAUCCCAGAGAAGAGCUGGACCAAAAGAGACAUUAAACCCAACUUUCCAAGCUGGUCAGCACUGGAUUCUGGACUUUUGAAUCUCAAGAGUGAAAAGUUGAACCCAGUGGAGCUCUUUGAGUUAUUUUUUGAUGAUGAAACAUUCAACUUGAUUGUCAGUGAAACCAAUAAUUAUGCUUCUCAGAAAAAUGUCAACUUGGAAGUCACAGUUCAAGAAAUGAGGUGUGUGCUUGGUGUCCUGCUUUUGAGUGGCCUUGUGAGGCGUCCCAGAAGGGGCAUGUAUUGGGAAAUGUCUGAUGCCGAUCAGAACCUGGUUAGAGAUUCAAUCAGAAGGGACAGAUUUGAAUUGAUUUUCUCAUACCUGCAUUUUGCAGAUAAUAGCCACCUAGAUCAAAAUGAUAAGUUUACAAAAUUGAGGCCUCUCAUAAAGCAAAUGAAUAAAAAUUUUCUCCUGUAUGCUCCCCUUGAAGAAUACUAUUGUUUUGAUAAGACAAUGUGUGAGUGCUUUGAUAGUGACCAAUUCCUGAAUGGGAAACCUAUUAGAAUUGGCUAUAAAGUCUGGUGUGGUACAACCACACAGGGUUAUCUGGUUUGGUUUGAGCCCUAUCAAGAGGAGUCAACUGUGAUGGCAGGUAAGGAUCUUGAUCUUGGUUUAGGUGGAAAUCUAGUGAUGAAUUUUGCUGAUGUUCUUUUAGAGAGAGGUCAAUAUCCCUAUCACCUGUGUUUUGAUAGCUUCUUUACAAGUGUCAAAUUGAUGUCAGCCUUGAAGAAGAAAGGGGUGAGGGCAACAGGAACAAUUCGUGAGAACAGGACUGAAAAAUGUCCCCUGAUGAGUGCAGAACAUAUGAAAAAAAUGAAGAAGGGGUAUUUCGAUUUCCGAGUAGAAGAAAAUGAUGAGAUAAUUUUGUGUCAUUGGCAUGGCAAUGGUAUUAUCAGUCUGUGCUCCAACGCUGUUGGCAUAGAGCCAGUCAAUGAGAUAUGUUGUUUUGCCGAUGACAAGGAGAUCCCUCAGAUAAGUCAACCUUCCAUAGUGAAACUGUAUGAUGAAUGCAGGGAAGGUGUAGCUAAAAUGGAACAGAUCAUUUCCAAAUAUAGAGUGAGAAUAAGAGGCAAGAAAUGGUACUCAGUUUUGGUGAGCUACAUGAUUGAUGUAGCCAUGAGCAAUGCAUGGCACCUGCACAGAGCCUGUAACCCAGGUGCCUCUCUAGAACUCGGGGAUUUUCGGAGAGAUGUUGCCCAUUUCUACUUGGCGCAUAAUGCAAAUAUGUCAGAUUAAGGCAGGUAAAACAAAUACAAUGCAGACAUUAGUAAGAAAAAUCACAACUACACAUCAGAUUGUACCCAAAGCAAACCUGAUGUAUGUAUACAAUGAAAUUAUUAAUUAAAUGACUAAUAUUUCUUUUUAAAAAUCUAUGUAGAGUUUUAAAAACUUGUAACAAUGUUAAAAACGAUCUGUAAAAAUGUUGAAAUCUAUUGGUAUCUUUUUCUAGGUCUAAUUUGGUAUC